ACGGCCUUCUGGGAUUCGUAGUUUCGCUGUCGCCUUCGGGAGUUGUAGUUCCUUUCUCACAAUCGGCCUGGCGAGGCGGCGCCGGCGGUCAGAGCAGCCUGGGUGUUCAGGGGCCAAGAUGGCGGCGCGCCGGGGACGGAGAGACAGAGUCGUGCCGCCUGCAAGUGCCGGCUCCGGGCCUGAUCCCGGCGGUGGAGUCCGUGGCAGCGGCUGGGGAAGUCGGAGUCAAGCUCCCUAUGGGACCGUGGGUGCCAUGAGCGGAGGGGAGCAGGCGCUACUGCAUGAAGAGGGGGAUGACUCUGGCUUUGUCAGUCUGUCUCGGCUGGGCCCAUCUCUGAGAGACAAAGACCUGGGAAUGGAGGAGCUGAUACUGCAGGAUGAGACACUGCUGGGGACCAUGCAGAGCUACAUGGACGCCUCUCUCAUCUCACUCAUUGAGGACUUUGGGAGCCUUGGAGAGAGCAGGUUAUCUCUGGAGGACCAGAAUGAAGUAUCGCUGCUCACAGCUCUGACGGAGAUCUUGGACAAUGCAGAUUCUGAGAACCUGUCUCCAUUUGACAGCAUUCCUGACUCAGAGCUACUUGUGUCUCCUCGAGAGGGCUCCUCUCUGCACAAGCUGCUCACUCUUUCUCGAACACCCCCAGAACGUGACUUCAUUACCCCAGUUGACCCACUGGGGCCCAGCACAGGCAGUAAUAGAGUGAGUGGGGUUGAGAUGUCACUUGCAGAUCCCCCUUGGGAUUUCUCCCCACCUUCCUUCCUGGAGACAUCUUCUUCCAGGGUCCCUGGCUGGAGGUCCUCAAGGUCGAGACUGCGCUGGGGCCAGUCCCCGCCUUCCCAGCAGCGGAGUGAUGGUGAAGAAGAGGAAGAGGUGGCCAGCUUUAGUGGCCAGAUGCUUGCUGGGGAGCUUGACAGUUCCAUGAGCACCAUCCCAGAUUUCCCCAUGCACCUGGCCUGCCCAGAGGAGGAAGACAGAGCAACAGCAGCAGAGGUGGCCAUGCCAUCAGCUGGUGACGAGAGCAUCUCUUCUUUGAGUGAGCUGGUACGGGCCAUGCAUCCCUACUGCCUGCCCAAUCUCACCCACCUGGCAUCACUUGAGGAUGAGCUUCGGGAAAAGCAAGAAGAAUUGACACUGCCUGAGGGUUGUGUGGUGCUGGAGAUCGUGGGCCAGGCAGCCACAGCUGCUGAUGGCUUGCAGAUCCCAGUUGUGGUAAGGCAGAUCCCCACUGGACCUGAGUCUGUGCUCCUGGAUGACCCACUGCAGCUGUUUCUGCCCACGCUGGAGUCAGAGACAGAGGCUGCCGUGCCCAAGGUGGUUCCUUGCCCUCAGAAAGAGGAGUUGUUGCUGGAUUCAGCUUGCUUAUUGGAGCCCAGAGAGGCCACAGAGCCAUUGGGACCCAGUGGGCCUCAGAACCCACCUCCCAGUGCAGUGCUGGGUUCCCAGAAAGCUCGGAGAGGCAGGAGGAAGAAAAGCAAGGAGCAGACAGCAGCCAGUGUGGAGGGCUAUGCCAGGAGGCUGAGAUCAUCCUCUCGUGGGCAACCUACUGUGGCCACAGGAGUGGCCUCUCAGACUGGCAACUUACAGAAGCAGCCUCAGGAAGAACUUCAGAGAGUGGCUGGGCCUCCCCGGGGAAGGGGGAAGCCUCGGGCUUGGGCUCAGGCAUGGGCAGCUGCCUUGGAGAAGCCUAGCUCUGGGGACGUGGACAAAAGUGCUGGACAAGGUAGCCUUGCUAAAGAAGAUCCUCUAGACCUCUACUCUAAGCUGGUUGACACAAUCCAGGCCAACCCUGUUCUGACCCAUCUCCCUUUGGUUAACUCUGCUCAAGCUGCCCCCAUGCCAGUUGACUCUAUUGAAGCCAGGCUCACUGCUGUGGACCCUGCUCUAGCUGACCCUGUACCUGCUGACCCAGCUUCAGCCAGCUCAGAGCUGGUUGAGCCUCUCCCGGCUGACCCAGUACUGACUGACCCAGUCCUUGCUGACUCGGCAGCAGCUGAUCCCACAGUGGUUGCUCCCAUCUCAGACUUGUCACCAGUUGAAACUGUCCUAGCUGACCCAGUGCCAGUUGAUUCUGUUCCUAAUGAUACGGCUCCAGCCGACCCUGUGCUAGUUAAGUCCCGACCAACCGACCCCAGACGUGGUGCAGUGUCAUCAGCCCAAGGGAAUCCAGCUUCUCAGCUUCCCUGGGACUCAGAGUCCUCAGACCCCUUAAAGGCUGUCAUCCCUGAAGGCAAGGAGGUUGUAGGUCCUCUGAAGGUGGAAAGUGGUACCAGUGCUCCCACCCAGGAAACCAAACCUCGGCCUCUCAGCCUAUCUGAGUACCGGCAGCGGAGGCAGCAACGGCAGGCAGAGGCAGAAGAGAGGAGUUCCCAGCCCCCAGCGGGGAAGUGGCCUAGCCUCCCAGAGACCCCCACAGGGCUGGCAGACAUCCCUUGUCUUGUCCCACCAGCGCCCGCCAAGAAGACAGCCUUGCAGAGGAGCCCGGAAGCUCCUCCUGAGGCUUGCUUUGUGCCCGUGGGACCCAGUCCUGCUUCUCCGAGUCCUGAACCUGCAACCAAACCUGUGGUUUCAACUCCCCCCGAAAAAGUGCCACCCGAAGAGGUGCCACUGCCAGCGAGACCUUCCCUUCCUAUUGUGCAGUCCAUGUCUCCUGCCAGGCCCAUUCCUUCCACAAUGCCCACUCCUUCCACAAUGCCCACUCCUUUGCCUUUUCCCCCAAGUGGCCUGGGGAUCCCCCCUACGCUGCCCCUUCCUGCAAGUGGGCAAGUGGCCCCCAGUCCACCCCCACCUCCCUUGCAGCCCUCCGGUCUUCCAGUGUCCAUGGCGCCAGUGCCCCCUGAUCCCUAUGCUCACUAUGCCCAUGUGCCCCCCUGGCCUUGUUAUCCCCCUGUGUCUCCUGGCUACCCUUGCCUGCCGCCCCCACCAGUGGUGCCGCUAGUGUCCAGUACUCCUAGCACCUACGCUAUGGCCCCCACUUGUAAUGUGCCUUGGGUCCCCCCUCCUGCCCCAGUCUCACCUUACAGCUCCAGCUGUACCUAUGGGCCCAUGGGUUGGGGCCCAAGGCCACAACACCCUCCAUUCUGGCCGGCUGUUCCCCCACCUCCUUUGCUUCCAGCCUCUGUUGGGAGAAAUGUUCCCCCACCCAUGGUGGAGCCCAAUGCCAUUCCAGCUGGCGCCCCUGAAAAUGUACUUCCUGUGCCUAUGGCUCCUUCCCUCAGUCUUGGGGCAGCUGGCCAUGAAGCUCCACAAGUAGAGGCCACCAAGGUCGAAGUCAAGUCAGUGCCUGCAUCUCCCCAUGUGAAACACAAGGUGUCCUCCCUGGUGCAAACUCCCCGGACCAAGGCCCCGCCAAGUCUGUCUGCUGAGGGUGUGGCUGUGGAGGAAUCUGCAUCAGAGGGCCUAAAGCCUGAGGUGCAGGAGAGCAAGCUCAAGGAGAAGCCCCUCUGUCCUGCUGUCAGGGCUGUUUCCAUACCCAGGCAAAGCACUGUCCCCAAGCUGCCUGCUGUCCACCCAGCCCGCCUAAGGAAGCUGUCCUUUCUGCCCACCCCACGUACCCAGGGUCCUGAGGAUGUGGUGCAGGCUUUAAUCAGUGAGACUGGAAUCGAGGCAUCAGACUUAUCCAGUCUGCUGGAGCAGUUUGAGAAAUCAGAAGCCAAAAAGGAAUGUCCUCCCCUGGCUCCCGCUGACAGCUCAGCUGUGGGAAACUCCGGCAGCGUUGACACUCCCCAGGAGAAGAGACCCCUAGACCGGUUACAAGCCCCAGAGCUGGCCAACGUGGCAGGCCUCACCCCUCCAGCCACCCCUCCCCACCAGUUAUGGAAGCCCCUGGCUGCUGUUUCACUGCUGGCCAAAGCCAAAUCUCCUAAGUCUACUGCCCAGGAGGGAACCCUGAAGCCUGAAGGAGUUACAGAGGCCAAACAUCCAGCUGCAGCCUACCUCCAAGAAGGGGUCUGUGGUCCUAGUCCAGUCCAUGUGGGCUCUGGGGACCAUGACUAUUGUGUUCGGAGCAGGACACCCCCCAAAAAGAUGCCUGGCCUAGUCAUUCCAGAGGUGGGCUCCCGAUGGAACGUCAAACGCCAUCAGGAUAUCACCAUCAAACCCAUCUCGUCCCUGAGCCCAGCCGAUCCCCUACUCCCAUGCCCAGCUACCUCCCAGGGGCCCCUUGAUCACAGGACUAGCAGUGAGCAGGCACUAGCCCCAGCACCUUGCCUUGCCCCAUCUGCCUUGCUGUCUCCUGAGACCUCGCCAUGCCGGAAUGACACAAACACUAGGACUCCCCCUGAACCCCCAGCCAAUCAGCGAUCCAUGCGCUAUUACCGCAAAGCCUGCAGGUCAGCCAGCCCCCCAAGCAGGGGCUGGCAGGGCCAUCGUGGCCACAGCAGCCGGUCUGUCAGCUCUGGGUCCAACCGGACCAGUGAAGCAUCUUCUUCCUCAUCCUCAUCGUCGUCUUCCUCAUCCCGGUCCCGGUCCAGGUCCCGGUCCCUCUCCCCCCCCCACAAGAGGUGGCGAAGGUCCAGCUGUAGUUCCUCUGGGCGUUCCCGAAGAUGCUCCUCUUCUUCAUCGUCCUCGUCCUCAUCUUCCUCAUCCUCAUCAUCCAGUUCCCGAAGCCGUUCUCGCUCGCCAUCCCCCCGCCGGAGAAGUGACAGGAGGCGGCGGUACAGCUCAUAUCGCGCACACGACCAUUACCAAAGGCAGAGAGUGCUGCAAAAGGAGCGUGCAAUAGAAGAGAGAAGGGUGGUCUUUAUUGGGAAGAUACCUGGCCGUAUGACUCGGUCAGAGCUGAAACAGAGGUUCUCUGUUUUUGGAGAGAUUGAGGAAUGCACCAUCCAUUUCCGUGUCCAAGGUGACAACUAUGGCUUCGUCACUUACCGCUGUGCCGAGGAGGCAUUUGCAGCCAUUGAAAGUGGCCACAAGCUGCGGCAGGCAGAUGAGCAGCCGUUUGAUCUCUGCUUUGGGGGCCGCAGGCAGUUCUGCAAGAGGAGCUAUUCUGAUCUUGACUCCAACCGGGAAGACUUUGACCCUGCUCCUGUAAAGAGCAAAUUUGAUUCUCUUGACUUUGACACAUUGUUGAAACAGGCCCAGAAGAACCUGCGGAGGUAACCCUGGGCUCUUUCCCCCUCCCUUUUUCUUUGGAGGUGUCCAGCCUCCUCCAUCCCCUUCCCCCACUCUUGGGGAGAGAGCUGCUAGUGAGAUGACUGUUUUAUAAAGAAAUGGAAAAAAGUGAAAUAAAAAUAUGUUAAAUCACA